UUAAGAUCUAUUCCCCGUCAAGAUUUUGGUUGAGUGUAACACUUCAGAACGUUCAUUUAAAAUUUGAAAUGAGAAUGGAAGCAGUAUUAGGAGUGCCUUUGAACGCUCAGGCAAAGGCCCUCCUUCUCCUCCGUCGUUUCUCUCCCCACACUCACUUCUUCACUUUCCUACCAACCAAACACCAUUUAUGUACCACCCCUUCUCUUCCCUCUCCUUCAAUAUCCAAAACCCAUCAAAUUAAACCCCCUUCUGCUCCUUCCCGUCAUUUCCAAACUACAUUUUCUCCUUUCCCGUUUCCGCCAUUGAUGAAGGCUCACUUGUAUACUUCUUUCUUUUGCACACUCAUUCACCUCUACUUGGCUGCUGGGAGAUUUUUGAAUGCAUCGGACGCCUUCUACGCUAUGCGAAAUCACGGUUUCGUUCCCGUUUUACCGUUGUGGAAUCGACUUCUAUACCAAUUCAAUGCAUGUGGUUUGGUUUCACAGGUUAGGCUUCUUUACUAUGAUAUGCUCUCUUGUGGGAUUGUGCCUAAUGUUUUUACGCAUAACAUAAUGGUCCAUUCACUCUGCAAAGUGGGAGAGUUGGUGCCUGCUUUGGAUUUUCUUAGACAGGUUGAAAUUGAUACUGUUACUUAUAAUACUGUCAUUUGGGGAUUUUGUAAGAAAGGUUUGGCUUUUCAAGGUCUUGGACUUCUGUCCGAAAUGGUGAAGAGGGGUAUUCCUAUUGAUUCUUAUACGUGCAAUACACUAGUAAAGGGGUUUUGCCAAAUUGGGUUUGUAGAUCAUGGGAGCCGGGUUUUCGAGGACUUAAUGAAGGGAGGGAUUCAUGGGGAUGUGGUAGGUUUGAACACCUUGAUAGAUGGGUACUGCAAAGUUGGACAUAUAAGUCAUGCUCUCAAGUUGAUGGAGGAUGUAAGAGAGGGUGAAUUUCCUGAUACUGUUAGUUACAAUUCUCUGAUUAAUGGCUUUUGCAAGAUGGGUGAUUUUGAAAAGGCCAAAUGCCUUUUUGAUGAGAUUCUAAGAUUACAAAAGGAAGAGGCUUGUGCUGAUUUGGAUGCUGAUGAUGUUCGGAGUGAGGGCGUAAUGUAUAUGAAACCAAACCUUGUUACAUACUCGACCAUUAUUGGAGCACUUUGUAAGCAGCAUAGGCUUGAUGAAGCUCUUUCUUUGUAUGAAGAAAUGGUUAUGAAUGAAAUAUUUCCUGAUGUGGUAACAUAUAGCUCCAUUUUGUAUGGCCUAUGUAAGCAUGGGAGAAUAAUAGAGGCAAAAGUGCUUAUGAGGGAGAUGGAGAAGAUGGGUGUGCAUCCAAAUCAUUUCUCUCAUACUAUUUUAAUUGAUUCCUUGUUUAAGUCAAAAUUUGUAGUGGAAGCUUUCAUGUUUCAAAGCCAAAUGGUGGUGCGCGGAGUUAUUUUUGAUGUGGUUGUGUGUUCUGCCAUGAUAGAUGGGCUUUUUAAAGCUGGAAAAACCAAGGAGGCAGAGGACAUGUAUCAAAUUCUUUUAAAGCUUAAUCUACUACCUAGCCAUGUCACAUAUUCUAUUUUAAUAAAUGGGUAUUGCCAAUUAGGAGAUGUGAGUAGUGCAUUGUGCAUCUUUCAUGAAAUGGAGCAGAAGCAUAUUUACCCAGAUGUCAUUAUGUAUUCCUCAAUUAUAAAUGGCUAUGUGAAGAAAGGCAUGCUUGAUGAAGCUAUUGAUUUAGUGAGGAAGAUGAAGCAACAAAAUAUCUUGCCAAAUGUACAUAUUUAUGCAACACUAAUUGAUGGGUAUUUCAAGGCAGGUGAGCAAGAACUUGCUCUUGAACUGUAUAAUGAAAUGAAAUUUGCAGGAUUGGAGGACAACAAUUUUGUACUUGAUGCUUUUGUGAAAACUAUGAAAGAAACCAGAAUGACAAAUGAAGUUCAAGAAUUAGUUGAAGAUAUGAUGUCUAGGAGUGUCUCACUCGACCUUGUCAAUUACACAUCUUUAAUGGAUAGUUUCUUUAAACUGGGGAAAGAGUCUACUGCUCUUAACUUGGCCCAAGAAAUGACAGAUAGAAAUAUCGGAUUCGAUGUUGUUGCAUAUAAUGUCUUGAUAAACGGUUUGUCAAGGGUUGGGAAAUAUGAAGUAGAAUCCAUCUACAACGGAAUGAAAGAGAUGGGUUUCGCUCCAGACAAGGCUACCCACAACAUCAUGAUUAAUGCAUACUGUAGACAGGAUAAUUCACAACGUGCUUUUAUACUCUGGAAUGAGAUGAUAAACCGAGGUUUUAUUCCAAAUUCAAACACUUCAAAUAGCCUAAUAAAAGGGCUUUGUAAAGCUGGUGAAGUUGAGAAAGCUAUGGAUGUUUUAAAUAAAAUGUUGGUUUAUGGAUCUCCCCUAACCUCAAUUAUUCACAGGGUGCUUCUUGAUGUGUCUUCAAAGAGUAGACGGGCUGAUGCAAUUUUACAAAUGCAUGAGAAACUUGUGCGUUUUGGGCUGAAACUUGACCGGGCUGUUUACAGUAAUUUAAUCACUGUCUUGUGCAGGUUAGGAAUGACUAAAAAGGCUACAGCAGUGUUGAAAGAAAUGAUAGGAGCAGGAUUUCUAGCAGAUAUUUCUACUUUCAAUGCACUUAUACGAGGAUAUUGCAUAAGCAGCCAUUUAUCAAAAGCCUUUGACACAUACUUUCAGAUGUUGUCUGAAAGAGUUUCUCCUAACAUUGAUACUUACAACUUUCUUUUGGAGGGCCUUUCUGGUGGUGGUUUGAUGAAACAGGCUGGAAAGUUAUUAAAUGAAAUGGAGGAGAGAGGUUGUGUUCCUGAGGCUUCUACUUACAAUAUUUUACUUUCUGGCCAUGGUAAAAUUGGAAAUAAAAGGGAAUAUAUGAAACUUUAUAUUGAAAUGAUAAGCAAAGGUUUUGUCCCCAGAACUGGCACCUAUAAUGUGCUCAUCGGUGAUUUUGCAAAGGUGGGAAAGAUGAGCCAAGCAAGGGAGCUUAUGAAUGAAAUGCUGUCUAGGGGAAUACUUCCCAACUCUUCAACUUAUGACAUACUUAUCUGUGGUUGGUGUAAGCUAUCAAAGCAUCCGGACUUGGACAGGCCACUGAAAAAUUCAUAUCUAGGUGAGGCCAAAAGAUUGUUGAAGGAAAUGAGUGAGAAAGGGUAUGCUCCUUGUGAAAGUACACAAUUCUGUAUUAGUGCUACUUUUGCUAGACGAGGUAAAAAAGCUAAUGCUGUGAAGCUGUUGAAUGAACUGUACAAGAGAAAUAACACAUGACAGAUGGGAUUAAGUUAAGAAAUGGAAAUUACAGAAGUGAAUUGCUCCUUUUCACUUAAUGUUCAGUUUCAACUGAAUCAAUGAUCAUUGACUCACGAAUGUGGACAGCAAGUGCAAAAUAACUUGCCUGAGCUUUUGAAGAUAUAUUUAAAGACAUGGGAAUUUCUUUGAUAUAGUUGGGACAUUUAGUUGUUCGCGGUGACAAGGUGAGAUGACGGAUUACAGAUGCAAGAGGUAGGAUUAAGCAAUUUUUCCUUGCAUUCUGUUCGGAUACUCUUAAUGCCACCUUAAUUUCUCCUAAGGCAUAUAAAGACUGAGGAGAUGACUGUCUGCAAAGUAUUCUGUUGAGAAGAGAAGGAACCAAAAGCAGUUUUACAUUAAGCAGAUUACUUGGGGAGGGCCUCUAAGCAUUAAUUCUCAGGUGCACACUUCUGUAGUGGGUGUGCUGACUACUGGAACUUCUUUGCACUAGUUCUUAGUUCUUGAUGUAAUAUUAUUCUGGUUUUGUAAUCUAUUCCUUGGAACUUAUUCAACGUACGUCAUAAUUUAUUUGGGAAAUUUACAUGUUAUACUAACUUUUGUCAUUUUUUUACAAAAAUACUGCCAGGCGGUAUUUUUUACUUUUUUACUGUAUUUUUUUUAUAAGUUUCAUACUGCAGUAUACUGUGUAAAAUUUUCACUGGUGUUCUACUGGUAUUUUACUAGUGUUCUACUGUUGUUUUGAGUUAUACUGCUUUGUGUUUUACUGGUGUUUUAUAAAAACACAGUAUUUUUGAAAAAAUUUCCGUGUGACAGUAUUUUUGUAAAAGUUAACCUAAAUUCUAGUAUUUUUGUAAGUUUCCCAUUUAUUUUUAAUUGGAGGCGUGUAUAUCUAUUCUA